UUGGCUGUUCCUCACAAUUACGCACGAGGCGUUUCUACGUAAUGGAUAAAGUUAUAGAUGCAUCCUUGAAGCAGGAGCGCACCGACUGGAAUUCAGUAAUGAUGAUGAUGAUGAUGAUGAUGAUGAAGGCACAGUUACGUGGCUGACCCGACCUGUGCUGGUAGUCUAUAUAAACCCCAUCCAGCAAGAGAAAGUCAACAAAACCCGUCCAGAUUCAGCACCGUCAAACACGCUCAACAAGUCCACGGAACGCGCGCGCCUGGGUUAUGAAGCGAGAACAAGCACGAAAUAUCACAGAAUAGCCGUGUUUUUGCGAUGCACGCAGACUUCCUUCAGAUGUAGCAGCCACUGCUCGGUUUAGUUUGAAGCGAUGGAGUCGUUCGCUGCGGCGGUGAACGGCGUGUCUCACACCGAGGACCCGUUCUCCGGACCGCUCACAUCCAUCGCACCCUGGAACUACCGAGUCCUGGCGGCGCUGAUGUUCGUGGUGACCUCGGUGUCUCUGUGCGAGAACUUCACCGUGAUGCUCGUCACCUUCAGGUUCAAGCAGCUCCGACAGCCGCUCAAUUAUAUCAUCGUCAACCUGUCUCUGGCGGACUUCCUCGUGUCUCUGAGCGGAGGAACCAUCAGUUUUCUGACCAACUUCCACGGUUAUUUCUUCUUGGGCAGAUGGGCUUGUGUUCUGGAGGGAUUCGCGGUCACCUUUUUUGGCAUCGUGGCUCUGUGGUCUCUGGCCGUCCUGGCGUUCGAGCGGUUCUUCGUCAUCUGUCGGCCGCUGGGAAACAUCCGUCUGCGAGGAAAGCACGCAGCUCUGGGUCUGCUGUUCGUCUGGACCUUCUCCUUCAUCUGGACCAUUCCUCCUGUCCUGGGCUGGAGCAGCUACACCGUCAGCAAGAUCGGCACCACCUGCGAACCCAACUGGUAUUCGGGAAACUUCCAGGAUCACACCUUCAUCAUCACGUUCUUCACCACCUGCUUCAUCUUUCCUCUCGGUGUGAUCAUCGUCUGCUACUGCAAACUGCUCCGGAAGCUCAGAAAGGUGUCUAACACGCAUGGCAGGCUGGGUAAUGCCAGGAAGCCAGAGCGUCAGGUGACUCGUAUGGUGAUUGUGAUGAUCGUGGCCUUCAUGGUGGCCUGGACUCCAUACGCUGCGUUCUCUAUCGUGGUCACAGCACUUCCCAGCAUUCACCUGGACCCCCGGCUGGCAGCAGCUCCGGCGUUCUUCUCCAAAACCGCUGCGGUUUACAACCCCAUCAUCUACGUGUUCAUGAACAAACAGUUCAGGAAGUGUGUGGUUCAGCUCUUGAGCUGCAGUGACUUCACCGUGGUCGAGGGGAACAUCAACCAGACCACCGAGCGAGCAGGAGUGACCAAUGAGAGCAACACAGGAGAGAUGUCCGCCAUCGCUGCACGCAUCCCAGCGGCUGGAACCGUCCCACCCAAAACAGAAGAGCCUCCCAAUGAACGCAGCUCCUUCACACAAAUUCCCAUUCCUGAGAACAAAGUAUGUCCGAUGUGAAGACACACCAACAUCUCUGUUUGUCACUCGUGUUCUCGGGCUGAAACUUUAGUCUAAAUGACCUUCAUCCAGCGUUAAAUUCUGCAGCUCGUGCACGACAGACAGACAAUGU